AUGGUCUCAACACAAUCUGUGGUCUUAUCCCUGGGGAUAUUGUUUCUGCUAUAUUUCAUCAAAGCUGAGCGAAAACUUGCAGCUUUCCCAGGACCCGCUAUUGCUCGGUAUACGGAUUGGUGGAAGGUAUACCGCCACUGGAAGGGGGACUAUGUGGAAGUCAUGUCCGAAUGGCACAAGAAGCACGGGCCUUUCAUCCGCAAUGGUCCGAAUAGUCUCUGUGUGGGAGGCGUGGAGAACGCAAGGAAAGUCUACCAGACCAAUCCUGUCUUGAAAAAGGGAAGCGUAUUCAAAACCAUGGUCACCUGGUAUAAGGGUAGGAGUGUCAGCGGGUUGGAAGCCAUCCUUGACGAAAAUGAACAUACAACUACGAAGAGGAUGGUCAGCAAGACCUUUACCCCUGUUUCAGUUAUGGGUUUUGAGUCGAAGAUGGACCAGUGUACUCUUGAAUUCAUCGGCCACGUUGAGGAGCGUGGCAGUUUCGAUAUGGCCGAGUGGUUUGUCUACUACUUUGCCGAUAUGAUGAACGACAUUGCCUUCUCGGCCAAACCCGGCUUCAUGGAACACGCUACUGACGUAGACGGGUCUUUGUAUAUCACGAAAGUUAUCACUCUAACUUGGGCACGAGUGCACGCGAUUCCGACCAUCAUGAGCUGGCUAUCCUGGGCGUUAGGCUACAUGGUUGGUCUGAACUGGAAGGUCGUCCGUCUGGGACGUGAGUGUCUGAACUCACGGCUGGAGAAACCCGAUCCGGAGAAGACUGAUCUGCUCAAUGUCUAUAUCGAAGCAGGACAGGAACGGCCUGAUAUGAUCUCUCCCGAGCGGGUACUUGGGAUGACACUCAGCACGAUCAUCGGGGGGUCCGAUAUCACUGCAUUUACCGUCACAUACGGACUGUCCGAGAUUCUCAAGAACCAAAAUAUCCUUAGCAACAUCGAGCAAGAAAUCAAGGGACAUGAGCUGUCCUAUCCACCAAGCAUCAAGGAGCUCUCGAAACUACCAUACCUUAACGCAAUUGUCAAGGAAACCCUUCGAUUAUCUUCCCCAGUUCAGUUCAAUCUUGACCGCGUCACUCCCGAUGGCGGAAUGGAAAUGGGCGGGACCCAUAUCCCAGCCGGAACAACGGUUGGCUGCCUUCAAGGGAUAAUAAACCAUGACGAGGUGUUUGGCUCCGAUGUCACCGUAUUUCGACCAGAGCGAUGGAUCGAGGCAUCUGAAGAGAAGCAUAAUCUCAUGGAGCGCUCUAUCAUGGCCUUCGGAAUGGGAAAGCACACUUGCAUCGGCCAGCAUUUCGCAAACGCGCAGCUGAGGAAGAUAAUUGCAACCCUGUUGAUGCGUUUUGAGGUCUCCGCGGUCGACCCACACGCCCGGCUUGUUUGGAACACCCGGACAUUCUUGCGACACCCUCAAUCGUACUAUAUUUCGGUCAAGCGCAGGCAGUCUAUAGAUGUUGCGAAGGCAUAACGACCCCGCAGCCAACAUGAAAUUAUGUCCCUGCCGCUUGUAAGCUGCUUGGACCAUCAUCCAUCAUUGAAUGAAUGGUUAACACACUUUCUAGAAGACUCAAUGAAGAAAAGACUCUACAUCACGUCUCUUCACCUCCACCCUGAAUCAUCCACUCCAAGUCCUCAUAGACAAUCCAAUCUAAUCCGAGCCACAGCCAGCGCCGUGAUUUCCUCUCUCCUAUCCUACGCAAAAGCGCAUUCCAAUACUAUUCGCCUCGAUGGUUGGGAAAUACCCGUGGAGCAGACUUAUUGGGAAUCCGUAGAAGCUCCCUCGUUGUCUAUCCACCGUGUUCUCCACUAGGUGUCAAGUCAAGUCAAAUGGAGAUAUAUCGAAGUCUCGGAGGGAGGAAGAGAGUGUCUGUCUGCAGGCAAAGAAUGUAAAAAAUAAAUAAAUAAAAGAGGGGACCGUGAUGCAUAUUUCGUUUGGUCUUCAU